AUUAUCUCCACUUUCUGUUGUUCGCCGCUCUCCGCCGUCGCGUGUUCCUGUGUCGACCAUCUCGAAACUCCCGCUGGCGACGAGUGCCCGCAACGUCGCGCCGCGCGCACUGCACCUCCUCUUCACCGGAGACCUUCGCGCUGGUCGCGGGCCUAACAAUCCUGCUCUUCGCGCCCAACAGCUGCUCCAGCAGCCGCCCUCUGUAUCUAUUUGCGCUCGAAUGUGCAAGACAAAAUUCUCACCUCAGCCAACCGCUCGCUGUCUAUACUGAAGAUUUGAUGGGCUGCUAUUGCGAUUAGCGCAGUGCAACAUUACUCGGAGUGGUCCAUGGCUUGCUGACCGUGCCAGGCCCUCGCCUUAAUUGCCCUCAUCUCUCCAGAAUCAUGCAAGUCGACUUCGGCGCAGGACCAGGCCCAGAGUCAGAGCACAGUCUCCAUCUUUCACCCCACGCUCACUACGACCACCACCAGGGGAACAACGGCAGCCCGGCCUUCUCGCCCUUUCGGCACCCAGCUGUACCACCAAUUGAUCCAAGCCUCAAUCAAAGCUCUGGUGCCAACCGUAAUGGACACGCUCCGAUGUCCUCGGUCCACCAGUCUACCUCCUCCCACCUGCUGCAAGCCAACAAUGCCUCUCUCAACAGCCCUCACCUCUCUCAUUCCUUCUACGCCGAGAUGCCUCGCAGCUCUGCAACCCCCUCGACGCCCUCCAAUGCCUCCCCGCGCUUCUCCGCCAUCUCCCCCAGCCAGCCCAAGCAGAUGACCACUGGAUUUGUCCCAGAAGACCGCUCCCCGCCCUCCCGAGACGUGACCGACGACACGAUUGACGAUGCCUAUGCCUCCUUCGUGUUGUACUGCAAUCCUUAUUUUGCGACGAACACAGAUACCUCCGAGUUGACCAAGCUAUUCCGAACACCCCCUAAAAGCGACGGGAAGGCGUUUAGUACUUAUGUGUUGUUUGAAUUGAUACGGAAGUUGGAUACUAAGGAGAUCAAGACGUGGACACAGCUGGCGCUGGAUCUGGGAGUGGAGCCGCCAGAUAUGGACAAGCGGCAGAGUACGCAGAAGGUGCAGCAGUACUCGGUCCGAUUAAAGCGAUGGAUGCAUGCAAUGCACAUCGACGCUUUUUUCGAGUAUCUUCUUGGCAAACAACACCCGUAUUACCUGCAAAUACCCCCGCCUCACAACCCUUUUCCUGAAAAUGGACGCGACGGAGUGCCUCUUGAGGAAGACCUAGCAAUCCGAGCACUCGACCCGAAGUUCCGACCAAAGCGUGGGCGCCGAAAAGCGGAUGAUGGGGACGAAGGCGUGGAGGGGUUUGACAACACGCCGCCACGCAAACGACCUCAGCUUGACACCUCAAUCCCAUUUGGCAAUGUGCUGCAACCUCAAUCGGCCUACCCAAAUAGCGCUCAUCCUGACAACAUGGAAGGGUUCCUUAGCGCACACGAUCCAUGGACUGCGUCUGGCAUGACGCCUUCCUCAGCAAUGACGGCCGCAUCUGCGCCUGGUAGAAUGAACCCGGGCAACAAGAACCUCACCCCUUACUCAGCUUCUCCCAUGUCGGGCCAGCAAAUCCGAUGGCGACUUAACACUCAAGACAACCCAACCACUCCUCACCCACUGUCCGCCGUAACCCCUCAGUCCGCUCACCCAGGUUUCUUUGACGAGCCGCAGUCGGCAGUGACGCCGUCGAGCUCGAAACCUCGCUCACGCCGCCGCCAUGGGCCGGCCGUCUCUUCUGCGUGGCCAAGUAAUAAUACCUCUUCAACUGGGAAGCUGCGCGGCCGUCCCCCCAGCAAUCGCUCUGUCCGCGACGGUCCAUUUGUCACCUUCCCAGCCAACCCGAAGACCAAGGAAGGUCCCACGAUUGAUAUGAACAGGAACCCUGGAAAUUUGACUCCCAUCGUGGAAAGAGCGCAAUCCGAUCCGCCAAUGGCUGAACAACACUUCCGAUUCCCGCCUACCCCAGCAUCUGCCGUAUCCCCAACCAACAUACAAGAAUCACUCUCAAACUCACAACGUCCACACAGGUUAAGUCUACAAGUCCCUCAGAACGUUGGAAACCCAGUACGAUUGGUGACACCAACCGUUCUAGUAAACGGAGAGCAAAAUCCCACACCCAGCACCGGUCUCGCACCUUCCGCUAUGAGUACAGGCUCGAGACGGAGCUCGCCUGGGAACUUCUUUGGCGACGACAACGAGAACCCCCAGUCGGCACAUCCGAGUACAGCGACUCCGACCCACACCCCCGCACAGCCACAGCCUCCUCCACAAACGAUUGCACAGGGACCGGCUUCUCCACCUCCACUUCCCCAAGUUCAACACGAGACGUUGAAUCGCGCACUUGCUGCCGAACUGAUCCGCGCCCCUCUAACUGGCCGCCGCAAACGACUUCGUGGUACAGAAGCCAAGAACCUUGCAUCUUCGAUUCUUCAGCCGCUCUUUGCCAAACCUACAACUGGCCCCGCGUCUCCUGCUAAGGUGAUGAGUGACCAAAUUCUGAGCAUUGCAAUCAGCAGUUGUUUGGGCAUGUGUUCAGCAGUAGGACUUGGGAUGGGUGGACCAAAUGGAGGGGUGAGAAGAGUUGAAUGUGUAAGAUUCAGGAUCGGAGGUGAUGGCUAUGAGAGUCCGAUUGACGACGACGAAGACGCCGAUGGCCUUAGCGACUCGGGUCGGAUUCGAGAUUCCUUUGAUGUGUACUUCGGAGUGUCUUUCGGAGGGCUGACGGGAGAAUGGUGCGUCAAGGGACUAUCGGCCACUUUGAAUGACAAUGGCAAUGAGGGCGAGGCCACGGGUCCGAGAGGCACAUAUGAUGCGGAACGACCGGAUCCAAUCCAGAACACGGUGGCGGCUUGGAAGACAAAAUUUCUGGAGGCGCAGAGGAAGCUUUGGGAGAGUCAAGAAGAAGCGAAGAGCUUGAAGGAGAAGAUUCUCGAGGCAGUGCUUUGAGGCUACUGAGCAUGGGGGCGUCCAUGCAUGGUUUGGAGUUGCUAGACACGGGGGCGUUAUUAUUUGGUAACACAGCAAUUGACUUGGAUAACAAGUAUGGCCAGGGUAGCAUGAUUGAGUGGGUUUUGGGAAAGCGGAUAUUGCAUAUACCCCUAGCUUUUACAAAAGGACAGGAAAGCGGUCUGAGUAAAUAUGGACCCUACAUAGG